UCUUUGUUGCAAACAGCAGUGCACUCUACUCUGCAUUUGUCGGCUCUGGUGUUGAAGGUUUUGUGGAUUUUAGGAUGGAGGACAGUGAUGGAGUUCUGGCUCUGCACGAGUACUUCAGCACUGUGGAUCGGGCGUCCUUACCGCGCAUUCUGCAGGUCUGCUCAGGAGUUUAUUUCCAAGGCUCAGUGUAUGAAAUCUCAGGGAGUGAGGUGUGUCUGUCGACUGGUGACUUGGUGAAGGUUAUAAGUUUCGAGCUCCUGUGUGUCUCUUGUGAGGACAUUAGCAAUAAUACCACAGUUGAGCUGCCUCUCAACCAUUCAGGUCUGUUCACACUGGUUCCUGAGGAACAACCUUACAGUACAAUAGAGGAGAUGGUAGGCCUCAUACCUGGUGGUGUGGAUGCCUUUGGCUCAUUUACCUUCUUCAGCAAAUAUGAACUGAUCACUGACAGCCUCACAGUGCCAGCCAGAUCAGAGAUGACCCUUCUAUCUGUGGAGUGCAAUAAGGAGGGGAAGUGUUUUGCUCGCUGCCAGAUAACAGACCAGCAGGAAGCCUCUGCAGAAGUGCUCAUUCCCUUCUCCUGUCACGGAGAUUUCUUCGAAUGUCAGAACGACCGUGGUUACUCUCUUCAUGAGAUCAUGCACUCAGAGAGCCUGUGCAGGAGACGGUUUUAUAAGACAAAACCAAAGAAAUCUGGUGGCCCCCUGCUUUUAAGCCCAAUCUAUCAAAUCCAAGGCAUUAUGCACACUGAGGUAGCUGCUCAGCCAAAUGAGGCCUUUCCUACUAUGGCAGAGAUCUUGGAGGGACCUGAGGCUAAUCCCUUCUUUUGCAGUAGCUGGUUGAAAGAGCUACAGAAAGGAAAGAACCUUGUGCUGCACAGGCGCGAUAAAACACGCAUGGUGUUAGCAUGUACCCCAAAGGGGAGAAAAACCCAGAAGUACUUCCUGCUUUCUCAGAGCUAUGGUGGCCAAUUACGGAGAAGAGCAAGGGAGUUUAGCUCAGUGUACGAUGUGUAUGUGGCAUUCUCUAAGUCUCCAGGACUGAGAAUAUCCGUCACUAAGUACUGUGAGGCAGUUGAAGAGGAAGGAUUGCCUGCUCUCAGUGUUGGGGAACAGCUAGAGGUUCUGAGAUUACAGACAGCAAACAGGUCAGAAAAAGAGUCCGAUGCUCCACAGUGUGUGGACAGCCUUAUCUGCAAAAGGAUUGAGGAGGAGGAUGAGGAUGAGGACGACAAUGACGAUGAGUGUGCUAGAGAGAGUGAGGUCUGCCUCCCUCUAUUCACUCCAGCCAACUUUGUUGAGAAACUUUCAGACAAGAAAAAGUAUGGUUUAGCCGAACUGAGCAAGAACUACUCCUUUCCUCUGGAGGUCAAAGUAGCGACUCAUGAUAAAACACUGGAAAAAGAUCCACUGGCAGGUUUAGCAGCUCUGAGACUGGAAGAUGCUCAAGAAGAGACCACUGUGCUUGUCAGCUUGCCUAAUACUCCAGAGCAAUGCUUUGAAUUGCCUGUUCGCUGGCUGCAAUUAUCUCUCUCCUUCAUCUCAGACCCCUUACCCUGGUCUGAUUGCAAGAACCCAGAGGUUCACCUACAGACGGUCACUGAAGUAACGGAGCACUUCUACCAUGACUAUCAGCAGCUUAAAGAAAUACCUAUGGCUCCACCUCCACGUCCUCCUAAGCGCAAAUCACUGACCUUACAAUCACAAAGUUGUUGUUCUAAGCUUAAAGAUGCCACUCUGCACGUCAAAAGUAACCUCCCCACCACAAAACAGAAGAGUUCAUCUCUGGACCAAACAAAACACAGACCACCUCCACUACCAAACAAAACAGAAGAUGUACCCCCUCCUUUGGUUCCUAGAAAGUCUGUCUCCGAGAGUUUAGCCAUACCAAAUACAUAUGUGAAGGCCCCAAGGAAACAGCAUGAAAAGCCACAUAAAUCAGAAAGAAAAUCUUCAGACAGCGAUCAUGACUACGAACCUGUGGAAGACAUGCUAAAUGCUCUUGAUCAUAUCAUGUUUUAAUAGACCUUUAUAAUCUUGAAAAUGACACUCCUCAAACCUGCAAAGAAGAUAAACAGCUGUAAUAUGAAAUCUCUAAUGUACUUAAUAAGACUGUGUUUUAAAUUCCUUUUUAUUGGGCAGUAGGAAAAUAAGCAAAUAACAUCUAAAGAAGAAAAAAAAAAGACUAUUACAAAUUAACCAUUUAUUUAGGGGUAGAAAUGUAUUUAAAGGACACUGUAUACAUUAAUAUUAAAACAUUAUCAAAAGAGCUUGUUAUUCUUUACUGCUUUUUACAUGUCCCCUCGUAAACGACAUGAACUGUUGCAGGACUUGCAUGAAUUUUCUCACAUUUGAACGUUUCCCUGUCAGCACUUGCUAGGCUGACCAUUUCCUGGCCAUAACAUAUUCUUAGCACAGAUGAAACAUGCACUUGCUGAGGCAGUGCAUAUAAAUGUGUUAGCACUAGUUUUACAAUGAACAUGCAGUUAGAGAUAGUUUACUGUUGCAGUGCUUAAAAAUAAUAGAUGGUUCUUAGGCCUCUUGAUCUGUUGAUCUGAAGUGGUCCUCGUCGAUAGUAGAGAAAAUGUGUCCUUCAUUACUGAGAAAGUCCACAACCUGCCUGUGAAUACAACAGAAAGUAUUUACUGUAGUGUUUAGUGAAUUUAUUUUAGUACUACAGUAGAGAGGUUCUCAACAAACGAGCAGGGACUCCCAGGUGUCUAUGAAGUAAAGUCAGGGGGUCCGUGAUUAUUUUAUUUACAGUGGUGCAAAUCACAACCCAUCAUAAUCUAAGUUAUUACAAUGGAUUCCCUGUAAUCAUUAGCCUGUUUGACUAAUGCUUUAAAUUGAAUUAAUCCAAACCUCAACUCACACGCACGCACUCACCCUGACGGCCAACUGGCCUGUCAGUUACCAGCCUCUUAUGAGGCUGUCUGCAUCGCAUCUUGAGCACACUUCAUCUACUGCUGGCUUGCUAGGCCUGUCACAGCUUCCCCAGACAAGCUCUAACACCUAUGGGUAAGUUAGAGUAGCCAGUUAACCAAGGUGUGCGUCUUUGGACUAUGGGGAGAACGUGCAAACUCCACGCAGAAAGGCCUCCAUCGGCUGUGAGGUUCAAACCAGGAACCUUGCUGUGAGGCAACAGUGCUAACCACUGCACCACCCUCUCAAUAAGUAUAACUAUAAAUAAAGUCAAAUUCGACCAUAGGUAUUCUGUUGGUAAAAAGUUCAGGAAAAUAAAUGAACAUGGCUCUGACAAAUAGAUUUAAAUAAAUAAAUAAAUAAAUAAAUAGGCCUCAACGAUAACUUUUGACACCUUUUGCCCUGCAGGGCAAAUGGCCUCAAGAAAGUUUUGCCCCCUUGAAUUUCCUUUUGCCCUAAAAUUUUGCGGUAUUUCGGCAAGUUUUCAAGUACACGGUUCAAGGCAAUACUGAUAUGUUUUCUAGAGGUAUAAUUGAGUUAUUUUGACAAAAGUACAUGUUUUAAAAAAAAUAUUUAAUUUUAAAAACAUCAUUUAUUUCUGCAACAGAAGAACAAGACAAGCCCUAAAAACAUGAAACAUAAAUCAACACCAUAUAUGUAAAAUUUACGUACAGUACUAGUACAUAAUACAUCUUUUUAUAUAGAGUUUAGGACACAAAACACACUUUGUUUUGCCUAUAACAAUGACUGGCAAUAUUGCAAAGAUGAAUGGGGCGGCACGGUGGUUUAAGUGGUUCCCACAGUCACCUCACAGCAAGAAGGUUCUGGGUUUGUGCCCAGCGGCUGGCAAGGGCCUUUCUGUGUGGAGUUUGCAUGUUCUCCCUGUGUCUGCGUGGGUUUCCUCCGGGUGCUCCGGUUUCCCCCACAGUCCAAAGACAUGCAGGUUAGGUUAAUAUGGGAUGGCCUUGGGCUGAGAUGCCCUUGAGCGAGGCACCUAACUCCUAACUGCUCCCCGGGCGCUGUUAGCAUGGCUGCCCACUGCUCUGGGUAUGUGUGUGUGCUCAUUGCUCACGUGUGUGCGCAUGCGUGUGUUCACUGCUUCAGAUGGGUUAAAUGCAGAGAGGAAUUUCACAAGUGUGUGAUGAAUAAAGUUGUGCUUUCUUUCUAAAACUAAAACUAUUAUAAAGCAGGAAUCUAAAUUACAGUACUGUCUUGUCAUUCAGUUUGCUAUUGCAUUUAGGAGGAAAUUAAACAACCUGCCCUCAUCUUCACAUGCAUGAUGGGCCAAUGUCAAAUGAUAAAUGGGGUAAGAUAUAUUUAUCUAUGGGAUAAUUCAAUAUGUAAAUGAUCUAUAUUUACUGUAGAGAGUGUGGUUUACUAUUUGAAACACAAAAGCAUGUCUUUCCAUUCAUUGAAAGUAUUUACCAUUAAUUAUUAUAAGAAUGAUUAUAGUUACUAGAUAGCUAGUACAGC